AUGACCCGCCGGGACUGGCACAAACACAACAUGCGAAUAGCGACCUGGAACAUCAAUGGGCUACGCGCCCGAUUAGACUUCAUGAAGCUCUGGCUUGCAGACCGAAAACCCAAUGUCGUCGGCUUGCAGGAGCUGAAGACACCCACAGAAGACUUUCCGCAUGAGGAAUUCGAAGCGCUCGGAUACAAGGCCCUUGUACACGGGCAGAAGAGUUGGAAUGGCGUAGCCAUUCUGACAAAUGUAGACGCAGAAUUACGCCAGGUCGGGCUGCCAGGCCAGGAGGACUGGGGCGCACGUUUGAUUACGGCAGAGAUUGACGGCGGGAUUGAAUUCACCACGGUCUAUUGCCCCAAUGGCAAGUCGCUGCAACAUGACGACUAUGCAAACAAACUGGCCUGGUAUGACAGCCUGGUUGCACACUGGUCUGCGGGCGAUCACCCCAAGCGUGUUCUAUGCGGAGAUUUCAACAUUGUGCCAACCGCACUUGACGGCUGGCGUGGUGAGGCCGGCGCAGGUACCAUUUUUUACACAGAGGAUGAGCGCAAACGUUUUGCGGCUGUCAUGGAUACCGGUCUGACCGACCUCUAUCGCCAUCUUUAUCCUGAAGAACAGGCCUUUUCAUGGUGGGACUAUCGAGGGGGCGCAUUCCACCGUAAACACGGUCUGCGCAUCGAUUUUCUGCUCGGCACUCAAGCAGCAGUGGCAGCUACCCGGGAAGUGGUCAUAGAUCGAGAUUAUCGCAAAAAGCUUGAUGGCCUUACCGCCUCCGAUCACGCUCCUGUAUAUGCCGAUCUGCACAGCUGA